AUGAUUUUUUCUAGUUUUAAUUUCUUGCUUGUGUGUUGCAUUUUUAGUCUAUGGGCUCACGGCUCUGUAAAGCCACGCAAUUUGUGGUCCGAGGCUCCAUUUCUUGGAAGACGCAACGCUGAUUCUCUUGGAAUCUUUUACAGGCUUUCAUUAAUUUCAGAUGGGCCACGGAAAAGAGAAGUAAAGGAGCCCACAGUUGACGUGGAGAGCCAACUCUUGCCCAAACAGGAGGAUUCCAGCGAUGAAGAGGAGGAUUUAACCAAAUUCUUCAUUAGUCAAUAUCGCAUGAUAUUCAAGGAACUUGUAGUACCUUCCAUAAAGAGCCAAACUCCUCAAAAAUGCGCAGACACCCCAAAAGACACAAAAUUUAAAAACUUUGACUCUUGGGAUUACAAAGUCUGUGAAACAGAUGAUGAAGGCAUGUGCUCCAUCAUGACCACUGUCCCCGCUGGGACCGUCUUGAUGAAACCAAACGUUGGUGACUAUGAAUACGUUUCCCUACCAGCUCUCAAUAGCCUGUUUAGAACACGAAAAGGCAUACUAGAUAUGAUAUUCCCAAGGCUAAGUAACAUAGACAUGGACAAAGUUUACCAGCAUGCAUCCCUCCAGACUCUUGUUAUAUCCCGCUUAAAUAAUAAUGAACUUUUGCGCAAGAUGCUUCUUUUAGCCGCGUUGUCAAGUGGCUUGACAGCAUCGCGAGAGUUCAUCUUGGAUAUUUUAUUUUACAUUCUGUCCUCGAGGCUCUUUUGGAGCCAAUCAGCCUAUUCAGCUUGGUCCAGAAUCUAUCAUUCACCAACACCACUUGUACUUUUAUCAAUACGCAGAAUGCUUCUCACACUCUACGAAGGGUUUGUCUAUUUAGAUGAUGGCCUCAAGGAGGUACUAACAUCAAUGGAAGGUAUGCUGCUAAACAUCAAUGUCCGCGAACAACUGCGCAAGCAGUACGUAACAGACGACUCUGGAACUAUCCGAGUGCACUGUAAUUUCUUCAGUCGAUACUCUUAUCUCAAAGAUAAACAUACAAUAAUGUUUUACUGUUGCUUCUCAGCUUCCGUAGGUUGA